UAUUUAAACCGGCGAUGUCAAAAUAUAAACGUCACUUUUGUUAUAAAUUGAAUUGUUUUGCUAUUGGACAAUAAAAAAGUGGUAUUAAUUCAAUAUUAAAUAUAACACUAAAGUUAAAUCUAAAUAUGAAUAAACUUUAACUAGCUAAAGAGUGGAACUAAACUUAAUUUGCCCAUAAAUAACUGUUUUCCAUAUAGAAGCGAAAAAUAUUUAAUUGCAAUUAAUAAUGGAGAAAACAUAUCCGUUCUAUGACUUAUGCAUACCAUAUCAAAAAGACGAGAAGGCGCUGAGAGAAAUAAUUAAAGAGGCAAUCAGUUUGGGUUACAAAACUAUUGCUAUUGAACAAGUGUUUGAUCACAGCAGACGCGAUGCUACCAAGCGUGUUCCUGACAUAUUUCCGCCACCUGUCACAUUGAAAUCGUUGGAAGAUGAGUUUAAAAAUCAACUAAAAAUUUUACAAAGGUUAACAAUAUUAUAUGUUGAUGUUAGUGUAGCGCAUGCCAUGACGAACUCACUUAACUUAAAGAAAUACGAUCUAGUGGCCGGUCAACCAAAAACGGAUGCUGCUCUAACACACUGCUGUACAACUUUCGCGGGAGACUUGGUGACAUUCGACACUGAUGGGGGCGUAAAGUUGUUGGUGAAUCGAAAAGCAUAUCAAAUAGGUGUCAAGAGAGGCUUAUUUUUCGAAAUAAAAUAUGGACCAGCAAUCAGAGACUCCAACGUACGCAAGGAUAUGAUAAAACUGGCACACAAUUAUUGCGUUCGCGGUAAAACAAAAAGCAUAAUUUUCAGUAGUGGCGCAACUAAUCCUUUUGAACUUCGUGGACCGUACGAUGUGGCCAAUCUGGCUUAUAUCUUUGGCUUGUCCGAGGAUCAAGGAAAGAAUGCUGUGAAUAAAGCGUGCAGACAGUUAUUUUUGAGAGCUCAGGGUCGUCGCAUUGGUAAAACAUUUAUGUUCGUGAGAUCGACCGGACCAGUGGUGUUUUCCGACUCAUCUGAUUCUGACGAUGCUGAUUCCGAGAAAGCAGCUGAUGAUGGUAGCGAUGAAAAUGAAGAAAUGGGAAACUUUGUGGACACGAAUUCGCCAGAACCACCAAGUAAAAAAAAAAAGAAACUUGUUUAGAAAUAAAUAAUAUAAAAAAAAACAUUAAAUGCGCUUAUUUUUCUAUUAAUAUAUAACCCAUUGGGUUCUAUACCAAUUUUUAUAAAAUAUAAAAGGGGCUAAAUUA